UGCACAAUAAAGAUAGAAAAAUUCAAUCAGGAUGUCGCAAGAAGAGGAAGAUGAUAUCAAUUUCAAAACUGGAUCCGAAAUCAGCAGUAGCAAGGCCACCUACACCGUCGUUCGUCUUCUCGGAGAAGGAGGAUUUGGUGCAGUGUACCUCGUCGAGCAAGCCAAGACCAAGAAGCAAUUUGCAAUGAAAGUCGAGAAAAAGAUGGACACUAGAAAACACUCAAAACUGAAAAUGGAAAUUGCAAUCUUGAAACUUGUUGGGACUUGUAAGCAUUUCACAAAGAUUGAGGAUCGUGGGAAAAAGGAUAAAGAAGGAUAUUUCUUUAUUGUCAUGCAACUUGUUGGCAAAAGUUUGUCGGGUUUGAAGAAGGAACGUCCCAAUCAGAUUUUCACGUUUGGUACAGGAAUGGGCGUCGGAAGUCAAUGUUUGGAAGCUGUUGAGGAGCUGCACAAGCAAGGAUUCAUCCAUCGCGACCUGAAACCCCAAAACUAUGCCAGUGGGCAGGAUGAUGAAAGACAUCUCAUAUACAUUCUGGAUUUCGGAAUUGCUCGCAAGUACCUGAACGAUAAGAAGGAGAUGAAGACGCCAAGGGAGUCGGUUGCGUUCAAGGGAACCAUCCGCUUCGCCCCGCUCUCCUGCCACCGUUACACCGAGAUGGGGCCAAAGGAUGAUUGUGAGAGUUGGUUCUACCUUCUCAUCGACCUGAUUCUCGAGGGAGGACUUCCAUGGCGUCACUGCAAAGUCAAGAACGAGGUGCUGAAGAUCAAGGAGAACACACGGAAAGAUAACCGAGCGGCUCUGUACAAGGGUAUUCCGCAGACCUCCGAGCUCAACAAGAUUCUGGAUUACAUUGACUCGAGAGCCUACCAGGAUCGUAUCGACUAUAAGUUCAUCUACAAAGCGCUGGGAGAGGCUUGCUCCAACGCCGGAUGUGACAUCAAUGCACCAUACGACUGGGAGAUGCCCAAAGAAAUUUCUGGAACUAGUACUGAAACUGCUAAAUCUAUGAAGAAAUAAAUGUUCGAGAUUUU